CCACGUGGUUUGAGCGUGUCUCCAUGCUGGCUAUUCUUCUGAACUGUGUGACGUUGGGAAUGUUCCAGCCCUGUGACGACGUUCACUGUCUCAACAACCGCUGCUCUUUCCUACAGGCUCUGGAUGACGGUAUCUUUGUGUUCUUUGCGGUGGAGAUGCUGGUGAAGAUGGUGGCUCUGGGUGUUCUAGGUCAGAAGGGUUACCUUGGCGACACCUGGAACAGACUGGACUUCUUCAUCGUUAUCAUCGGGAUGUUGGAGUAUUCUCUAGACGGACACAACGUCAGCCUAUCAGCCAUCAGGACUGUCAGGGUGCUCCGCCCACUACGAGCCAUCAACAGAGUACCCAGUAUGCGUAUCCUGGUGACUCUGCUCCUAGACACUCUCCCCAUGCUGGGGAACGUUCUGGCACUCUGUUUCUUCGUCUUCUUCAUCUUCGGCAUCGUGGGCGUGCAGCUGUGGGCGGGGCUACUGAGGAACAGGUGCUUCAUGGGAGAAGACUUCAAAACGAUAUACAACGUCUCCUUCCUGACUGUGUACUAUCGUCCCGAGGAGACGGAGGACAUCCCUUUUAUCUGCUCAACCAAUCGGGAGAACGGAAUGCUGCGGUGUUCCGACGUUCCGCGCCGCCGAGUGGACGGGUCCUGGUGCAUGCUGGGGGCAGAAGGGGUAGGGGAGGGGCCUGGGGCAGAUGGACCAAUAGGAGGCGGGUGUGUGAACUGGUACCAGUAUUAUAAUGUCUGUCGGGCUGGGGAGCGAAACCCUCAUAAAGGAGCCAUCAACUUUGACAACAUUGGAUACGCCUGGAUUGCUAUCUUUCAGGUGAUAACUCUGGAAGGCUGGGUGGACAUCAUGUACUAUGUAAUGGAUGCUCACUCCUUCUACAACUUCAUCUACUUUAUAUUCCUCAUCAUCGUGGGCUCGUUCUUCAUGCUGAACCUGUGCCUGGUCGUCAUAGCGACCCAGUUCUCAGAGACAAAGCAGCGCGAGAACGCCCUGAUGAGGUCGGAGCAGCGUGCCCGUUACCUCAGCAACGCCUCCACUCUGGCUUCCUAUCAGGAGCCGGGGUCCUGCUACGAGGAGAUACUGCGCUACAUCGGACACCUGUACCGUAAACUGACCCGCAGAGUCGCCCGGGCCGUCACACACUGCUCUACACACACACCUCGCUGUACUUGUUGGACACACACACACCAACACACACCCAAAGGAGAGGUGAACGGACUGGCCAAUCGGCACUCGGGACACACCCAUGGCGUCUUCCACCUUCGUCCUCCUCCUCUUCCUCGUCCGUCUAACUGUGUGGGGGUGGAGAUGAGUAACGGGGGAGUAGGGAGGAAGGGCAGGGAGUUAAACUACCCCUCUAUCUACCCCCACGACCUGUACGACCUGACCCCCGACCCCAGCUACAUGACCUCCAGGGGGAGGGGCCACACCGUCACAGUGGAGGCGCUCAGCAAACUGCAGCAACUGGUGUUAGAGCACGAUAAGAAGGCAGAGCACAGGGAGUCGUUGCAGUGCCCCUACUGCGUCCACGACGACCAGCUUUGUGACAACGACCAUGCCGAUUUUGAACCUAGCAACCAGCGCCAUGGCAACCUGAGCCCUCGCCGCGGUAACAGCCUUCGGCGUGUAGAUGGACAGGCCUUGAGGCCAAUCAGAGAUCUAGUUGGGUGGUGGGCGGAGCUACAGGCCAGGUUGGAGCAUGUGGUGAGCAGUAGAUACUUCAACAGAGGGAUCAUGAUCUCCAUCCUCAUCAACACUCUCAGUAUGGGGAUAGAGUUCCACCAACAGCCCCAGGAGCUGACUGACAUCCUAGAGAUCAGUAAUCUAGUGUUCACCAGUCUCUUCUCUCUCUCUCCCUCCCCCCUACCCCAGGAGCUGACUGACAUCCUAGAGAUCAGUAAUCUAGUGUUCACCAGUCUCUUCAGUCUGGAGAUGCUGCUGAAGCUGCUGGCCUUCGGACUCUUCGGCUACAUCAAGAACCCGUACAACGGCUUUGACAGCGUCAUCGUCAUCAUCAGUGUAUGGGAGAUCGUUGGGCAGGCGGACGGCGGUCUGUCUGUCCUGCGUACGUUCCGUCUGCUGCGGGUCCUAAAGCUGGUCAGGUUCCUGCCCGCCCUGCGCAGACAGCUGGUGGUUCUGAUGAAGACUAUGGACAACGUAGCCACCUUCUGCAUGCUGCUCAUGCUCUUCAUCUUCAUAUUCAGUAUCCUAGGCAUGCAUCUGUUUGGCUGUAAGUUUGGUCUGAAGCUGGACAGUGGAGACACGCUACCUGACAGGAAGAACUUUGACUCGCUGCUCUGGGCUAUCGUCACUGUGUUCCAGAUCCUGACUCAGGAGGACUGGAAUCUGGUCCUGUAUAACGGCAUGGCCUCCACCUCUCCUCUCGCUGCUCUCUACUUUGUGGCUCUGAUGACGUUUGGGAACUACGUCCUCUUCAACCUGCUGGUGGCCAUCUUGGUGGAGGGCUUUCAGGCGGAGGGUGAUGCUAACAGGUCAGAGUCCGACGAUGAGAAACUGUCGACCUUAGAAGAGGAGGAGAAGAUGAAGGAGCUGUAUUCAGCAGAGUUGAAGCUCCAGGCGAUGAUGUUGACCCCUAAUGGCCUUCUGAACCCCCGAGCCUCCAUGCCCCUCCCACCCACACAGUCACCGUGGCAACAACCGCCGCCGCCGUCCCCACGGCAACGCCCACCACUUAUCCUGCACACUUUGGCCACGCCCACAACUUGCGACAGCCAAUCACGACGGGGCAGCGCCGUCUCUACGGAUACAAGCAACACCCUGGACCCCAGGUCGCCGUCUCCAUGGGACAGCCGGCGCGCCAGCUGGUCUUCUAUUGGCCGAGGUCCCAGCCUACAGCAGCGGAGGAGUCAAUCAAGUGAGAGGGAUUCUCUCCUGUCAGAUGGGGCGGGGUCAGAAUGGUCCAAUCCCAGCUGGGGGUGGAGCAGGGAGGAGUCUUUCGACCUCCUGGACCAAUCAGAGUAUCUGACCGUGCCGAUGCUCCGCCCACCUGACUGUAACGGGAAGACCUUUCACCUCCCUGACGCCGGGACCCUACGUUACUAUAGCGACCACGAGGAGGAGGAGGAGGACGCUGAGGAGAGUGUGUGUUUGCGGGUGAAGCUGGUCCUGGAGCCCUAUAAGCCCCAGUGGUGUAGAGAUCAUGAGGACUGGGCUCUCUACCUGUUCUCCCCAUGUAACAGGUUUCGUCAGUGGUGUCAAAGAGUGAUAACUCACAAGAUGUUUGAUCACAUAAUCCUCCUUUUCAUCUUCCUCAACUGCAUCACCAUCGCUCUGGAGAGACCAGACAUACAGACACACAGUACAGAGAGAGUGUUCCUCAGUGUGUCCAACCAUAUCUUCACUGUGAUCUUCAUAGCAGAGAUGACCGUUAAGGUGGUAGCCCAGGGUCUGUACUCAGGUGAAGCAGUCUAUCUGAAGAGCAGCUGGAAUGUUCUGGAUGGACUGUUGGUGUUUGUAUCUCUGCUGGACAUUCUGGUUUCCAUAGCAUCCGCCGGCGGUAACCGUAUCCUAGGAAUCCUCAGAGUGCUGCGUCUCCUGCGCACCCUUCGACCCCUCAGGGUGAUCAGUCGAGCCCCAGGGCUGAAGCUGGUAGUAGAGACUCUGAUCACGUCUCUGAGACCCAUCGGAAACAUCGUCCUCAUCUGCUGCGGCUUCUUCAUCGUGUUUGGAAUACUGGGAGUACAGCUUUUCAAGGGUAAGUUCUUCCACUGUGAGGGGGUGGACGUGAGGAACGUGACCAAUAGGACUGACUGUCUCCGUGCCGGCUACCGGUGGACACGACGCAAAUACAACUUCGAUAACCUGGGACAGGCGUUGAUGUCUCUGUUUGUCCUGUCCUCUAAAGACGGGUGGGUCAGCAUCAUGUAUGACGGACUGGACGCCGUUGGGGUAGACCAGCAGCCGGUGAGGAACCACAACCCGUGGAUGCUCCUGUUCUUCAUCUCCUUCCUCCUCAUCGUCAGUUUCUUCGUCCUCAACAUGUUCGUGGGCGUCGUCGUGGAGAACUUCCACAAGUGUCGUCAGGACCAGGAGGAAGAGGAGGCCAAGGCCCGGGAGGAGAAGAGAGCCAAGAGAGCAGAGAAGAGGAGGAGGAAGGCCCAGUAG